UGCAAUUAUUUACUUCUAUCCACCGUUUGGACGAUUGCUCGUCAUUCGUUGAGGAUGAAUCUGACUCAUGAAUGUCAACUGUUUAGCAGGUUUGACACGCUUGAAACGAGUGUUCGCCACCCAUCGUCCCGUUCGUGCGCGGCUGGUGCACGUUACCUUUAGCAACCACGAGAGUUAGUACAGCCGCACGCCGUCUCUCGUGUAGUACACCUAGUCCGGAGGAUUUUUAGUCUCGCGCGCGCGUUCCUGUGGUUAGAGCGGUGUCGUCUCUUCUCGUGCUCGUGCACAAAUUAGUUGUUACUGUGCCUCAAGUUCCAAUUGGUCCAAAGCAUUGUUUUAGGUGAUAUUCGAAGUGACCGAGUUUCCGGAUCUUUAGAAAAAAAUCUUCUGUUUUUACAUUGUGCGUCGUAGUUUGAAGCUCCCACAAUAUGGCGGACGGAUCGCAACCAAACGGCACGGACGUCGUGGACAAGAUGACCGUUGAGGUAGCCGAAAUGGCGCUGGAUGCCAAAGAAACGCCAAAGGAGGAAGCGGCAGCAGCAUCAGAACCGGCGGCCGAGGUAAAAGAAUCGGCGAAUGGUGCUGCAGCAAAACCGGCCGUAUCUACAGCGGCCUUCAAGGAACAGUUCCGAGCAUUCUCCAAGUUUGGCGAUACCAAAUCGGACGGCAAGCAUCUCACGCUGUCCCAGAGCGACAAGUGGAUGAAACAGGCGAAGGUUAUUGACAAGAAGAUAACAACCACCGAUACGGGCAUACACUUCAAGAAGCUAAAAUCGAUGAAACUGACGCUCGACGAUUAUAAUAAGUUUUUGGAAGAUCUGGCCAAAACGAAAAAGGUCGAGCUGGAUGAAAUCAAGACCAAGAUGGCCAACUGUGGUGCACCAGGUGUCCAUAACGCAACGCCGGGAAAAGCGGCGGAAACGGUGGCACGCCUAACGGACACUUCGAAAUACACCGGAUCGCACAAGCAACGGUUCGAUGAAACUGGCAAGGGUAAGGGUAUAGCGGGCCGGAAGGAUCUCGUCGACCAGUCCGGGUACGUCUCGGGAUACGGGCACAAAAACACGUACGACAAAACCCAUUGAGCGCGGCUGGACGGGUGAUGAGGAUGGGCAUUGAUUUCAACUAACUACUCUAGCCGCCGUUUGAACAAACUUCCCAGCGGUGUGCUUCAUCGUAACGUAAUUUGUAGCGAUCGAUUGUGCGUUAGACGUUGAGAGUCACAUAUAUAUAUAUUUAAACGACAAAAACGCGAGCAAAACGGGGGUUCGAUCAAGCCUUCCUACCUUUUGCUGUGGAAGCAAGUAAGCAAAAGCCGAGAGAAUCAAAAUUUAACCAUCCAGCAAUAGGUAUUCCUGUUUGUUCCAUUGCAUGGCCUGUUAUUGAAAGCUGUUUUCUUUCCUUUGGUUACAUUUUUAACCUAUACACUCGUUUGAUGUUUGUGUGCCGACUGUUUUUAAGCUUACUUUUACAUCAUCUACAUAAUGUUAUGUCUAGUCCUUAAACGUACAUUCAUUAGUGUAAGCCCUUAAACUACAUGCAUUUGUACCGGUGUUUGCGACGGAACCGCACAGAAACAGAGCAUCUCAACCAACAGCGAAUCAAAAGAACAUAUAAAUUAAAAUGGUGACUGUUGUUUGGAAAAAAAAACAAAAAAAGAAACAGUUGUUCCAUUUCAGAUGGGCAUUUCGAUUCAUGCCCAACAUCAUGAAGCUACUACUACAUAUGAUUGAGCAUUUAUACCAAUAAAAAAUCGUGCAUCAUUUGCAACACACAAUCUUCCA